AUGCAAAAUCAACUACGCGGCCUUUUUUUCCUGUUGAACAAUUAUUGCAGAAAUGCCGGAACUGUUCGUUGCACAGGUAGAGUGAGACUUUUAUACACCUGUAACAGGUCUAACCAAGUCGCACGUACUUCCUUACAGAUUUGUGGAUUAACUCUUACAGUUGAUCUUGAUGGCCUGGCAGUUCUAUAUCUAGCCACGCUUCAGGCUCUAGCACACGGAACUCGUCACAUUAUAGAAAGCAUGAACAAAGCUGGACAUUUCAUCGAUACUCUGUCUCUUUGUGGCGGACUUACCAAGAACGAAUUGUUUAUUCAAACUCAUGCUGAUGUGACAGGAUUUCCUUGUGUUUUACCGCGCGAGAGUGAGUCAGUGCUCGUGGGCUCAGCGAUUUUGGGAGCAUGCGCAUCAGGCGACUUUACCUCUAUCCAGGUUGGUACAUGAACACUGUAACCUCGACGGUGACAUCAUUAAAAGAUCAAAUUUCUGCUUAAAAUAUUAAUGCAAAAUCAACUACGCGGGUGAUACGAAAAUAGGAACUGAUCACCAAAGAAAAACUGUCUUCAAACAUAGGAUAAAUAACCUUAAGGUCAUUUCCCAGUAUUGCAUUGCGCAUCCUUGCUGCGCAAUGCGCAUGAUUAGCGCGUGCGCAUUAAAAAAUGGCGGCUUUUCCUUUGCGGCUGG